AUGACGUUUGCUUCCAAGUUCUGUAAAUGCUCAAACUCUCCAAAUACAUUCCUGUGCCUCUCUGAUCAAGAUCAGCCAUUUGUACUGCAGAUAAUAGAAAUCUGGCCUGCAAGACCAGAGCAAAGGUUUUCUGAACAUUUAAAAGAUGAAAAAGGUGAAGAAUCCCAGAAGCGAUUUAUCUUGAAGCGAGAUAACUCUAGUAUUGAUAAAGAAGACAAUCAGCAAAACAGAAUUCUUCCAUUUAGAGAUGACAGACGAAGUAAAUCAAUUGAAGAGAGAGAAGAGGAGUAUCAGAGAGUGAGGGAGAGAAUAUUUGCACAAGAUUCAGUUUGCUCCCAGGAAAACCUUUUUGUGGAAAACAGUAGGCUGUUGGAAGACAGUGGUAUAUGCAAUGAUACACAUAAGAAAAGGCAGCUGUUUAGGGGUAACAGAGACAGCUUGGGGAAGACAUCUGGCAGUCGGCAGAGCAGCACGGAGAACGAAUUGAAGUGGGCAGAUCACCAGAGGCCGUGGAGCAGCACAGACUCGGACAGCUCAAAUCGGAAUUUGAAGCCAGCCAUAACAAAGACAGCCAGUUUUGGUGGGAUAACUGUUCUCACAAGAGGAGAUAGCUCAUCAAGUAACAGAAGUACCGGCAAACUGUCUAAAACAGGCUCAGAGUCUUCCAGCAGUGCUGGCUCCUCAGGAUCACUGUCACGAAUACAUCAGCCUCUCCAAAGCGCAUCUCUUGUCCCCGGAGUGACGGCCAGCUCUUCAGGCAAUGUGUCCUACCCGGAGAAUGGGAUGAGUGGCCAGGUGGCCCCCAGCAACACCAGCUAUAUCAUUCUUCCACUUGAAGCUGCAGGGAUACCACCUGGCAGCAUCCUUCUCAACCCGCACACAGGCCAACCGUUUGUAAAUCCUGAUGGGACACCGGCAAUAUACAAUCCUCCCAGUGGCCAGCAGACGAUGAGGAGCCAGAUGGUGGGACAGUCUCAGCAGCAGCCUUCAUCCCAGCAGCCUCAGCAGGUCCAACAGCCACAGCAGCAAAUGGCAAGUCACCUUGUCACGCAGCCCGUUCAGGCAAUGCAGCCAUCUUCUCAGUCAGUCCAAUAUCCAGCAGUUUCUUAUCCUCCCCAGCAUCUCUUGCCAGUCUCUCCAACGCAGCAGUUUUCUGUGCGGGAUGACAUGACGACACAGUUUAACCAGAUGAGCUUAAGCCGCCAGUCAUCAGGAGACAACCCCGAAUCACCAUCUGGUCCCGUCUACCCAUCACCAAUCUUGCCACAGCCUGCCCAGCAGCCGGGUUACCUGAUGGCUUCCCCAAGUCAGCAGCUUCCCCCGGGGAGCUUCACGGGUUCGGGUCCACCAGUAUCCCAGCAAGUGCUGCAGCCACCGCCGCCGCCCCAGGGCUUCGUCCAACAACCCCCACCGCCUGCUCAGAUGCCAGUGUAUUAUUACCCAUCUGGUCAGUACCCUACCUCAACAACUCAGCAGUACAGACCCAUUGCCUCAGUUCAGUACAAUGCACAGCGGAGUCAACAGAUCCCACAGACUGCACAGCCAGCAGGUUACCAGCCGGUCCUGCCCAACCAGCAGCAGGGGUUCCAGGGUCUCAUGGGAAUGCAGCAGCCUCCCCAAAGCCAGAACCUGAUGAAUAAUCAACAGGGAAAUCAGGUCCAAGGCAUGAUGGUGCAGUAUCCAGCCAUGUCGUCUUAUCAGGUGCCAAUGACCCAGGGUUCUCAAGGUUUGCCGCAACAAUCAUAUCAACAACCGAUCAUGCUACCUAAUCAAUCAGGUCAAGGAACACUUACAGCCACUGGAAUGCCUGUCUACUGUAAUGUCAUACCUCCUGCCCCACAGAACAACCUACGGUUGAUCCCUCCACACUGCCCCUCCAAUAACGUCCCGGUUAUUUCUGCCAGCUGCAGGACAAACUGUGCGAGCAUGAACAGCGCGGGGUGGCAGGUCAAGUACUGACACCGCGGCUUUAGCGCGGAUAUGCGAGGAUAGAGGUGCAUUAUUUGACAAAUAACUUAUGGCCUUCAAACAGAAGAGGAGCGCAACGGGGAAUGAUCAGUUGAGGACAUACGUACUGACUAUGCUCAAGUGAUUUGCUGCUGGAAAAAUCUGUAAAAAAAGUAAAAUGAAAAUAAAAUAACUUUUGAAAAAAAAUAAUGUUUGCUGGUUAAUGGUGCAUAUUUCUGUCAUGUCUGCUAGGUAUGCCUUUAUAGCUUAGCUAGUGACAUGAAUUCAUUGAGGUAAGAUUUUUUCCUACCACUGAACACCACUGUGUAGAUUGUAAUAUCCCCAAUUCGGAUUAGUUUUGUACUUUGUGUUGAGUUUGUGAAGCUAAAAGUAUUUAAAAAUAUAACAAAAAUCACAUUGUACCAAAGCUGUAACGGAAAUGAAGAAAAAACGAAAAUGAAAAAUAAAUACUGAAUGGAAGGAAUAAUUUAUAUACACUAUAGAGUUUUUUAUGGAUAUAUACUGUAUUGUAGUGCUUAAUCACAAUAAAGCUAUUUGACCUCAUGGAGAAAGGUCAUGUUUCUA